GGCGCUCAAGCAGAAAUAUCAUACACCGCCAUUGCGGGGUGUCAGGAUAUGACAAUAUACAUAGUAGUUACAUUGAGGGGACCCUGGGUACGUUGUUGUUAUGUUCCUGAUUUUUCUCAGUACGACCAAAGUAAACAUGUCGAAAAUGUUUUAUUGGCGUUAAAUGAGUGUAAUUCUAAAAGUAUUACUUUACAGUUUGAAAGCGACAGAGAGACGUGUUUUUAACGCCAAAUAAUGGGCACGAUGUACACGCUCGCAUUAUCGCGGUCACGUGACACGGAAAAACAAACGCGCGGCACCUAGUUACCUGAACAAGUUAUUUCACGCACACGAAGCUUUUGCUGUCAUAAACUACUGAUGAUUUUACUUCAAAACCGAUGCUAAUUCGUGGUUUACUAUGCCGAGUAACUCUAGAAAACCAGGCACAGGGAAAGUCCUAUCGGCCAGUGUGGGAUCUAGUGGUCAAACAAAAUUGGUCCGCAAAGUUCAAACCAGAAAGUUUGUCUACAGAGUUGGAUACAGCUGGAACAAAGGUGGAAGACUCAAGGAGCUGAGAAUAAGGCAUUUGGCCAGAAAGUUCCUACAUAUAUGGAUGCGCAACACCUUUGGCCGAGUUCCUCCUCAUGUAGCCAAGUCACACUAUGACAGUGUGGUACUCAGACGAGCCUUUGAAGGAUGGACAGAUGAGUGGUGGACGUCCAGGAGGGAGUGGAGUCUUAAAACCAGGGCAGAGUGUCACUACAGGUAUUAUCUGUAUAACUGGGUGUUCCAUAGCUGGCGCAGAUUUAUGUCAUUGCAGCAAGAAAAGAAGAGCAAACUAAAAACUGCUCAAUCAUAUGCUGACGGACAACAGAUGCAGCUGGUUUGGGACAGAUGGGAGGUUUUCACAGAGAUGAGACGAAUGAAGAAGAGAAUGCUUGAAUCGGCUUUUGAGCAAAACAAACUCUCAACUCUUCGUUCUGCUUGGAGCCUGUGGCAGACGAGGCUGCAGCAGCAUCAACACCUUCACACUUUGGAGGCCCAGUGUCUCAAACAGCGGGAGCUGACUUUACAGAGGACGGCUCUGCAUCAGUGGAGAGAAUUCCACACUGCUCUUUGUUGCCACAAAGAUAAAGAAACCAAGGCUUCACUUCACUUCAUCCUAAGACUGAAAAGAAAAACACUGCAUCAGUGGGUCAGUUAUGUGUCCUGCUGCCAAACCAAAAGAAAGACCCAAGCUGCAGCUCAGCAUGCAUGUAACCUGCGUCUGGUGAGGAUGUGUUGGAGUAAUUGGAGCAAAGCGUUGCAUCACAGGCUGAGUGAGGAAGACCGCUUGCAGGCCACAGCGCAGUUAGCCACUCGGAGCACUCAGCGCAGAGCACUGCAGCGAUGGAGAGCUUACGUGACCUUGUGCAAAGACGAAGCAGAAGAAAACCAGAUGGCAAAUCAGCACCACUUACAUCACCUGCUGAGCGCCGGAAUGCAGGGACUUCAUCUUAAUGUCACCUGGAACAAAACACAGCGCUUGAACAACAACAUGGCUCUCCAGCAGUAUUAUCAAACUAUGAUGAGAAAGUUUUGGAGGCUGUGGCAGGACCAUCUGGAGGAGGCUGAAGACGAGAGCUUUCAACCACUGCUAGAAACUGCACAGUCAAACUACAGCGUGUCCCUGCUAACCAGCUGUUUUCACCUCUGGAGGGAGAAACUUGCUGAGCAAAGACACAUGCAGGAACUGGAGCGUCGAGCAGACGUUUGGUUUGCUGAGCACAUGCUGCCACAGUGUUUCAGCUCGUGGGUCAAGUUCACUCUGCAGAGGAGACUUUAUAAACAGAGGAGAAAACAGGCUGAUGUUUUUAAUAAACGGCGUCUGUGCACUUGGGUGCUUUCCACCUGGUGGGGUCGAGCAGAGAAGCACAAGGAGCAGAUCCUUUCUGAGCACAUGGCAGUUCUUCAUGAGGAGCGAUACCUCGUGCAAAGAGCUUUGGAUCGAUGGAGACAAAGGACGGAGCAGAGGAUCAAUGAGAAGGAGAAACUGGAAGCAUCCGAUUGUCUGUACCUGCACCGACUCCUUCACAACACAGUGACACAGUGGAAGGACAACAGUUCUGAGAUUCGAGACAGGAGAGACAGAGAGUAUCAGGCCUGUCAUCAGGGUGACCUUUGCUGCGUGAGAUGGGCUCUGGGAAAAUGGAAAAAGUUUGUUCAGAACCAGAGAGUGAAGAAAGGCAAACUGGAGGAAAUGCAGCUUUACCAUGAAACUAAACUUCUCAAACACACCUGUGAGGCCUGGAAGAAACACCACCUGCAGAUGUCUCACGUCUGCAGUCGAGUAGAGGAACUUCACAGUCUGAAAAUGCAGCACUUUCUCAGAAUGGUUCUGUCAGUGUGGAGGGAGAACGCAGCGCUGCAGGCAGAGUACCGGCUCCUGGAGCAACGAGCACAGAAUCACUUUCAGCACAUUCUUCAGUCCAAGGUGUUACAUGCUUGGCAAGAAGCAACAAGACAUGCGGCGUCAAAGCGCCACCAGGAGGCAGAAGCCGUGAGCAUUGUUCAGAGAUCAGUGAACCAAGUGUUCCUGCUGCGGACAUUCAGACAGUGGAGGAUGCAAACCAGAGACGCUCGCAGGGAGAGGAUGAGUAUGGAGAGAGCCAGGCGGCACCAUAACUCCAAACUCCUCUGGAAAGCACUGAGAGAGUGGAAUAAUUAUCACGACCACUGCCGGAAAUAUAAGGUUAUGAAACGACAAGGAAUCAUGUUGCUGAGGUUAAAGAUGUACCAGAGCUACUUUGAACAUUGGAAAAUGAAGCUGCAGCACAGACGGAGAGAAGUGAAGCAGACAGAACAAGCACUUUGGCACUGGUCUCUCACUCUUCAAGCCAAGGUGCUGUAUGGAUGGAGGCUGUGGGUCACUGAGCAGCGCAGGAAGCAGGAGCAGGCGGCCACAGCGGCACUUGUCUACAGAGACCAGCUGCUGAGGGAGGGCGUGACCUGCAUCCUUACAUACGCUGCUCACAUGAACGAUCUCACCUCCAGCCUUACUCAACACAGUCAAGAGCAAGUGGGUGCACGUCAUAAAACGGUAUAUAACUUUACGUCAGGCAGCACGCGUCACCUCCAGGGAGUGGUUAGACGCUGUGCUAUGCGGUGGAAGCAGCGGGCGCUGUGUAAACCCCAAAGAGAACAAGCGGUCAACGAGCAACCAGCAAAAAAGAGCGUGACCUUUUGCCUGACCACCCGUGGACCUGAGAACGUUUCCUCUGUGGAGCAGGGAGUUGGAGGCGGCGCGCUCAGUGAGCUGCCUCCAACGCGUGCGUGUCGACGACAGCCACGUCGCUGUGAGGAACUCUUUGAAUCUCCAGGCACAGGAACCCAAUAUCAGACUGGUAUCAUCAGCACUGAAGCAGCUCCAAAACCCUUCCUCAUGACCUCCACACAUCAGAGCACCAUCACAUCUUCUGUGUCACCCUCUGAACCACUGGUGUCUGUGGUGGAUUUGUCUUUGGGAACUCAAAGCAAAUAUUUCCUUCUGCCUCCGUCUGCUUUCAUGAACCCCAGCUCCCAGAAUAUGCCACAGAAUUCCAGGUGUCCAGAGCUUGUGGGCGGUGGAGGAACUGAUCCAGUAUCAGCUGUGACAAGUGAACUGCUCAGCAUUCAGCUGGACAUGAAGAGUUUUCAACAGGACAGAAAACAGCUACGGGCAUGGCAAAAACUGAGGGAGGUGUUGCAUAGUUGGCUGCAGACCAGUGCAGAGGAUGAUGAGCAAAUGGAAAAAGAUUGUGUUCAUCAGGAGUUGAAGGAGUUGGAGGAGCGCAUCACUCGACUGUCCCUCAUACUGGCCGAACGGAAGCCAACAAUGCUGCAUCACACCCAGAGGAUCCAGCAUUUACAGAACAUCCUUCACACUGCAGGAGUUUCUUCUCUCCGCUGACAAACAGAAGAGAUCCCAUGGUCCCUACGCUGCUGAAUAUGUGGAUGACUUCUCAUUUACUACCAUCACAUUUCUUCUAAAAUGAUGGGAGACUGAGACUCUGACAAAGACUGACAUUUUGCUUUAAUCUUGCUUGUUAUUUUGUUCAUAUUGUGUUUUAUUCAGCUCUCAGCUCCAGGUCCAGGCUUUUUGUCAUGGUCCUAAAUUGAUCUCGGCAUAUCCAGACACAAUAAAGCUGAGCCCUUUGAA